GUGCGUAGCAUGUUGCAGCCCAGCGUCAAGCUCGGGCCCGUCCGCCCGCCUGCAGGGAACGAUCAACCCCGGCGCUCCUUCUCCCACCAGCCGCUGCCCCUCCGUCCUCACCAGCAACAACAGUUCCAACAGCAGCAGCAGCAUAUGCAGCAACAACCUCAGUACAGCAAUAUUCGCAAUGGCAAUGCACCGGCUCACUUGGUGGCAGGCGCUCGUAGAGGUCCUGGGCUGCCGCCUUCUGGCCCUCCGCCUCAGAUCCCUACUAUGCAGCCUCAGCAGUUGCAACAACAACAAAUCUUACAGCAACAACUACAGCAAAGAUCGCCUGAUGAACUACGUCACCAAGCUAUACAUCAACUGCAGGAGCAGGAGAGCGGUGGUGGUGGUGACACGUCACCUCGUCACUCAAUAGCAGAGCUGG